AUGAAAGCAAGAAGUCAGAGUAAAUCAGAAAAAGAUGACAUUGACUUAUUGUUUGAAACAAUGGCUAAAACAGUAAAGAAGUUCCUUAGAAUAGAGCAAACAUGUACAAACUAUGAUGAUUCUGAAGAAAAUUAUGAUUACCGCCAAAUUGAACACCAUGCAUUGAACUUUGAUAAAGGAGAUUUCAUGCCUAAUAUGAAGUUAAGUAAUAAAGAAAGCCUAGAGGGUAAUAUUUUAAAUAAACUGCAAGAUAAAGAACAGUAUGAAGCUGAGAAGAUGGCCGGGGAUAUAACAGCUCUUCUCGGAACCAAUGUGCAUUAUUCUCAACCGAAUUUUUACAAAGAUUUGGGAAGGCGAUUCAUACCGCAGUAUCCAUACCAUGAAAUUGCGCCCCCAGAAUUAGUUUUGGCUGUAGCUAAAGAGUCUGCUUUGCUUGAAAGAGCAAGAACAAUUAAUCCUACAGAUGAAAUCAUAAGGAAACACAUUUUAAGAACUGGGGAAAUGUUGCAAGCGAGAAUAAAGGCCGGAUCCAAAUUGUAUCGCCUUAUAUCCGUGCUUAAACAGAUUUCGCCGCGCCUAAUCUACGUGAUAAAUAAUGAUAAGAAUACAUAA